AUGGAAAACUCCCCUUCAAAAUCUCAACUUGCCAAUUCCACACCUUCUCCUCCAGUACAGCUUGUGAAUGCAGAUAUUUUCAAUCAGGUUCAAUUAUGUUGUGAACAUAACAUGUUGGAUAAUUACACUCGAUUUGAAUUGGUCUAUGAAAAACAAUUAAGGAAGGAAUUGGGAAUUGAGCGUUUGGUUGGAAAAAAAACAAAUGAUGGGCAAUCAAGUGUAAGAAGACUGUCAUCAACGCUCUUGAAAAUCAUUAAAAUUCAUGAACAAGGUUAA